AUGCCAAACCAACAGAAGAAGGUCAUUUUUUGCAUGGCCGGGGUGUUAAGCUUCACGUGUGCCCUCGGAGUUGUGACAGCCUUAGGGACACCGCUGUGGAUCAAAGCCACCUUCCUUUGCAAAACGGGGGCUCUGCUGGUCAACGCCUCGGGCCAGGAGCUGGACAAGUUCAUGGGCGAGAUGCAGUACGGGCUUUUCCACGGAGAGGGUGUGAGGCAGUGCGGCUUAGGAGCCAGGCCUUUCCGGUUCUCAUAUUUUCCCGAUCUGAUGAAGUGGAUACCAACUAACUGUUAUGUAUCUUUUUUUUUUUCCUAUAUCUUGAUUGUGGGGGUGGUUACAGGACUUAGUUUCUUUUUAUUUAAUGGGUUUGGUUUAGUUUACAAGAGAAAUAUUUGUCCCAACACGUUGUUUGUCCCUUCUAUUGCAGGCUCCUGCGGCUGUCUUGUCAUGAUAUUGUUUGCCUCUGAAGUGAAAAUCCAUCACCUCUCAGAAAAAAUCGCAAACUAUAAAGAAGGAACUUAUGCCUACAAAACGCAAAGCGAGAAAUACACCACCUCGUUCUGGGUCAUUUUCAUUUGCUUUUUCGUUCAUUUUCUGAACGGACUCCUAAUACGACUUGCUGGAUUUCGGUUCCCUUUUGCUAAAUCUAAAGACACAGAGACAACAAAUGUAGCCGUGGACCUAAUGUACUGA